AAAAUAGUUUAACUAGGAUAGAAUCUCGAUUUGUUGAAUUGAUUGAUAUGCACGUGUUGCAUUUCCGCUAGAUAUAGUCUUUUGUAUUUUCGGGAAAUGUAAUUCCGAUUGCUUGUAUUAAUAUGAAAUGGUCACAAUCAAUCAUUGUAUAUGGACUUAGAAAGUUGUUCCUCUAAAAAUGUGUGGACAGAAGAUGCAGCUGACGAUUAAACAAUACUUCAAAAAACGGCUUUAAUAUAUAUGAAACUGGAUUUUUGAAAGCAAAAUAUGACCGACAAAAUAAAACGUUUCUUCAUAACGAUAUCGAUAAUAGAGUUGAUAAUAUUGAUAUUGACUUUACUAUACAAUGGCUCAACGAAUACAAACUUACAUGUUGGCAGGCGAUAUUACAUAACACACAUGAUGCGAGACCAGCUCCUCACAAAGGAGCAGCCUGCUUUAACGACAAAACCGCACAUUUUACUAAUCGUUGCCGAUGACCUUGGCUUUUAUGAUGUCGGCUAUCAUGGGUCCCGUAUAAAGACACCAAACAUUGAUAGACUUGCAUUGUCUGGUGUGAGACUUGAGAACUACUAUGUUCAACCUAUUUGUACACCGACAAGAGGACAGCUGCUGACUGGACGGUAUCAGAUUCACACAGGACUUCAGUGGUUGUUGUGGCCUACAAUUCCUUUUGGUUUGACUCUGGACAACCCUACAAUCGCCGAUAAGUUAAAGGAGAUUGGCUAUGCUACACAUAUGGUAGGAAAGUGGCACCUGGGGUUCUACAAAAAGGAGUAUUUACCAACAUAUAGAGGCUUCGACAGUUUCUUUGGGUUCUUGAACGGACAUUCCGACUACUACAACCAUAGUGUAGAAUAUAAAGACAUGAACGGGUACGACUUGUUUGAGAAUGAUCAUCCUGCAAAUAUAAGCAAGUACACCGGCUCAUACUCAACUACCCUAUUUACGGAGAAAGUGAGGGACACUAUACAAAAUCACAAUACCGAGAAGCCACUUUUCAUCUACCUGUCAUACCAAGCAGUACAUUCACCCCUGCAAGUUCCUAAACGAUACGUGGAUCUUAACAAAAAUAUAAAUAAAAGAAUGAAAAUAAGAAGGCAAUAUGCAGGAAUGGUAACAUGUAUGGAUGAAUCAGUAGGAAACGUUGUGGACGCUAUGAAAGAACGCGGGUUAUGGGACAACACAUUACUGAUCUUCACAACAGACAAUGGAGGGGACAUUGAACGUGGCGCCAGUAACUGGCCACUGAAGGGUGAAAAAGGCUGCUUAUACGAAGGAGGAAUACGUGCUGUUGGAUUCGUAAACAGUCCUCUUUUAGGCGAACAGGUCGCUGGUUCCGUCUCAAAUGAACUCAUGCAUGUAACUGAUUGGUUCCCAACGCUUCUAAACCUUGCCGGGGGGAACGUUAGCGGUAGCAACCCUUUAGACGGAUUUGAUCAAUGGAAAACAAUUAAGUACGGUUUACAGAGCCCUAGGAAAGAAAUACUUCAUGACAUCAAUCCAAGAGUUACUGCCCCUGGAAAACCACUUUAUAAUGAUACAUUCAAUACAACAACGCGAGCAUCACUGAGAAUGGGAGACUGGAAAAUUAUAACCGGAUAUUCAGUUUCAGGACCAAGUGCACCAAGUGCAUCAACGAAAACAUCGACAGCUUUACACAAACCAUUGCUAUUUAACAUAAACAUAGAUCCAAAUGAGAAAAUUGAUAUGUCAGAAAGGUUUCCAGAUAUCACUCGACAUAUGCUUAAAAGACUUGAAUAUUACCAGUCAGGCAUGGUAAAGUGUCACUACCCAUCAGGAGACCCGCUUGCAGAUCCUUCUUUAAGAAAUGGAUUUUGGCAGCCAUGGAAAUAAUGCACCACAGGCAAAUUCGAGCGAGAAGGAUAAAAUGAAAUUCUUUACAAUAACUUAUCGUUUGAAUUAAACACUGGGACAAAUGUUAUGUGAAAAUACAUGUGUGACAGAUAAAAUUGUGUCUGUCUUAUGGCAGAAAAAGGACAUGUACAAGAAUUUUAGGCCUGUUGCUGGCAUAAUAAGUCAUUCUCGAAAGCAUGUCUAUUUAGAUGUUAUUUAUAAAUAACCAGUUUGACAAAUAUGAAACUCAUCAUCCAUGUUGGUAGUUACCAUCCCACCCGAAGAAUCGCCUGAAACGAAAGUUAUAUAUAUUGGUGUAUUCUGUAUAAAUUGUAUAAGUGCCAACUUGGGUCGAUACAAAAGAAAUAAAAUCACUCUAAAUUUUA